AUGUCGCAUGACUCGACCGGCCGACCGACGUUUCCUCCGGAUGGUCGCAACUCCCACGAAGCGGCCCUCGCCCUCGUCAAGCCACCUACAACCACCACCACCACCACCACCACAACAAGACCAACCGAUGACGGGACCCCUCAGUCCUCGUCAACCACGUCGGACGAAACAAGUGGGCAACCAGCGCGGCCUCCACCAUCAAAAGACCAAGACGAUCAGGACCUGCACCGUGCAGACGAACUCGUCUCGCUCUACUACGACGUCAAGGUGAAAUUCACCGAGAGAGGCCCCGAUCCUGACUUUGUCCAAGCGGGCAGGGAGGUCGAUCAGGUCCUGGCGGACUUGUCCAGAUCAGACCGAUAG